CGUUACUAUUGGUUCUGUUAGGAGAAGUUUGCAAGAUGGUGGUUGCAGGAUGAAUGAACCUCUUGGGGAAAAAUGCAAAAACAAUAUAUUCCUGGCAAAUACGUAUUUCAUAGCUAUCAUCUGAAGAAUCCUGCAAGAACUUCUUCUUUCUUUAGUGGACUAUCUACUGCAUAAAGAUGGAGGACAUGCCUGAAAUGUACUCAAUCUCCCAGGGCGAGGUUGCAUCUGUCAUGGAAUAUGGAGCCUUUGUUAAAAUUCCUGGUUGCAAACGGCAAGGACUUGUCCACAAGACACACAUGUCAGCAAGUCGGGUGGAUAAUCCAUCUGAGAUUGUCGAUGUUGGAGAAAAGGUUUGGGUUAAAGUAAUUGGGAAAGAGGUGAAGGACGGCAAAGUCAAGCUUUCUCUUUCAAUGAAGUCUGUCAAUCAAGGAUCUGGGAUGGACCUCGAUCCAAAUAAUGUGGCUCUUGAUCAGGAUGAGAGAAGAAAACGCAAGUUCAAAGACUUUACAGCACAGAAGAUAACACUUGAAGCUGUAUUGAACACAUUUUGCAAAAAAUGUGGAUGUAAAGGGCAUUUUGCAAAAGACUGCUUUAUGCAGCCCGGAGGUGUUAAAUAUAGCCUGGUUCCUGAUGAAGAAGUGGAAUUAGCCAACUGUUCUAGCCAAUCUGAAUGUCAACCUCCAAAGAAGAAAAAGAAGGAAAAAGAAAAGGAACAGAAGAAGAGCAAGGGAAAGGCAACUUCCAUCAAAUCUUAUUCUUCAGAGACAUCAGACACGAACAGCGAGCAGGACCGUGCAGAUAUGAAAACGCACAGGCAUUCAAAAAAGACUCGAAAGUCACACAAAAAGAAACACAAAAAACACAAAAAACAUAAAGGAUCCAGGAAGAAGGAAUAGGCAAGGACUGUAGAAAACCUGAAAAUUGAAUUUUGUGAUCAAGGAUAUUGGUAUGUAAAAGUUAACACUCAAGGAAGCUAAAACUGUGAUUCCCUCCUUCCUUGUUAUUGAUGGCAAUGCAUUGUAUUUGUUUGUAAGAUUAAUCUGAAGUACACUGAAUAUUAUUUUGUUGUAAAAUAACGGUAGCAAUAUUUUACUAUUUCGUAACAUGAAAUGACUGUUUUUCCCUUUUUACAAUUUAUGUUUCUUGGAUGGCUAAAUAUUGCACUCUUCAACAUGAAUACAUUGGUUCUGCAAUUAUACUAUUGUGAUAUAAAUAGAAAUGCAUAUCCUGUUAAAUUCCUUUACUCACUAAUUUGAUUGAAUUGAAAACAAUUUAUUUUAAAUGAAUUACCUUCUUCAUUAAAAGUACUGGAAAAGGAAAAACAAAUCUAAACUGUAUGCUAAGCAGUUAUACAUUGAUUUCACGAUUCAGCAAUCCACUGCUCCAGGCGGAUGCUUUUCAACAUUUGUUUGAUCACCUCCAAAGUAACCCUUUUCUUUAUUGCACACAAGUUUAUGAUUUUAGCUCGGACAAUAACCUUUUGGGGUCUUGGGCAAUUAAGGCACUUGUUUUCUUAUAUACCAGGCAGAGGAUUGUUUAGUAUUGGGACAUCUAAUUAUUUGACAAGAUAGUAAUUUUUUUUAUGUGGCUUUACAUAAAGGGAUGCUUAGAAUGCUCUAUGGGGUGCUAGUCGUAGAUCAGUUUACAAGAUUUAAGAUGUCUUUAUUAGUCACAUGUCCUCGAAGCACGCAGUGAAAUACAUCUUUUGUGCCGAGUGUUCUGGGGGCAGCCCGCAAGUGUCACCAUGCUUCCAGCGCCAACAUAGCAUGACCACAGCUUUCUAACCCGUACGUCUUUGGAAUGUGGGAGGAAACCGAAGCACCUGGAGGAAACCCACACAGACACGGGGAGAACGUACAAACUCCUUACAGACAGUGGCUGGAAUUGAAGCUGGGUCGCUGGCGCUGUAAUAGCAUUAUGCUCUCCGCUACACUACCAAAAUCUGUUUAGGAAAGUACUGCUUGCCGCACUGGCAAAGUUGUCAGGUAUUUUCCAAUGAGGACAAAUGCAGUUUUUUUGUCAUCAGUUAACUAUUGAACUUUAAACAAACUGUAUGCCCUUGUUAUCAAAAUAAUGACGUGAAUAUUCCCAUGAUCAAAGUCAAAUUAAUAAGCAUCUGCUCUAAUCAAUUAGGAAGCCAAAGGUAUGUUGGUCUUUAUUUCAAGAAGGUUGGCGUUCUAAGGAAGGAAGGGCCUUGAUGAGACAACACCAGGGGUAACCUACAUUAUGGUAACCUAUGUUGAUAGGUUACCAACAUCGGGUAAGCUAUGUUGGUCUUCAGACUUAAGGAAAUGUUAUAUAUAGUGCACCAUAAAUUCACUGAAUUAAUUCCAAGGGUCAUAGAUUGUCCUUGACUGUUUUGGUAGGAUUGUCGUGCAUUCACUUAUGUUUAAGAGAAUGAGAAUUUCAAUUAAAUAGAUUGAGAAGAUGUAUGCACAAUGGCAGCUUCCUGUGCAAGAGAGUCAAGAAUUAAAGGCAAGAUUUUGGGAUAUGUGGUCAGCCAUUUAGUACUGAGAUGGGAAGAAGUUUCCUCAUUCAUGGAAUAUGAACCUUCAUAAUUCUUCAAACCAGAGGGCUGUAAAAUGUGUAUUUAAGGCUAAGAUCAAAGAGAAUUGAGCAAUAUUGGGAAAUAAUGCAUGAACCAUAGAACCAUAUAGCACAAAACAGGCCCUUCGGCCCACCAUGUUGUGCUGUCCAUCAAACCACCCUCACACUAUCUAACCCUUUCCUCCUGCACAUCCCUCUAUCUCACAUUCCUCCAUAUGCCUAUCCAACAAACUCUUGAACCUGUCCAAUGUAUCUGCUCCCACCACCACCCCAGAUAGUGCAUUCCAUGCACCAACCACUCUCUGGGUGAAAAACCUCCCCAUGACAUCUCCCCUGAACCUCCCACCCAUAACCUUAAAGCCAUGCCCUCUCGUCUUGAGCAUUGGUGCCCUGGGAAGGAGGCGCUGGCUAUCUACUCUAUCUAUUCCUCUCAAUAUUUUUUAUACCUCUAUCAUGUCUCCUCUCAUCCUCCUCCUUUCUAGUGAAUAAAAGUGGCCUGGAGAUUGUAGAUCUGCCAUGAAAUUAUAAAAUGGUGAAACGGUCUUGCCCACCUUUUCUCUACUCCUCAUCAUUUGAGAAAAAUAGCCCUCACUUUUGCAAGUAAGUCUUCCACGUUAACCACAAGUCCGAAACUUUUCAAAAUUGUCAUCUUUGAAGAACUAAUGUAUCAAUGUGCUCUUAGACAACCAUGCAACAAGGGUGGAAACCAACUGAAUACAAUAUAAGUAAAAGAUUUAAUCACAAAUAGAUGAUUUAAAACAUGGUUUAUGGAACAAAAGCAAAUAAAUUACCCCUUUGGUAUAGAUUAGUGGCAAAAAGAACCACAGGAGAUUUGAGGAACAAAUGGGUAAGUGAGAGAGAAUAAAUUGUAGGACUACAGGAAAUUAAGCAGAAAGGAAAUGGGUUGAUGGAGUUGCUCUGCUGGGAGCUGGCCAGGACUUAAUGGGCUGAAUGGCUGCCUUCUGUGUCAUGAUCAGAAAGAGAAACACAUGAAUCAUGAUCCAGUUAAAAGGUGGAACAAGCUUGACAGAUUGAAUGGCCAGCUCCUGUCUUCCUAAUACCCAUUAGAACAAAUAAAUGAAUGUACAAUGUAUAUUCAAUGACCUAGCAUAUAAUUACAGAUCAUAACAAAGUCAAAUUAACUAAAUUCAGUGUCAAAGCUAGAGUGACAAGAGUAUAAAGCACAUUGGCAGAAAACAAAGAGGAAUAUAUAAUCCAACUUAAUGAGUUGUUAGCAGACUCUGGAAGAGGAAGAGAGUUAAAGAAAAGUGAAUGUCAUUGCUCGUAAAAUUAGGAAUUUUUGGUAUGUACAUGGAAGACAAGAAUUUGAUCCAAGAGACAAAUUUAAGAUGCAAGUUGGAGUGUUAUGAAACAAUAAAGUUUAAACACCAUACAUUCUUUAAAAACUUUCUGGCUUACAUUUUUUUCAGCAUUAUAUGGCUUUCAGGUUUUCUGUCUGUGCCACAUCUGUUCUCAAGAUGAGGCUUUUCAUUCCAGGACUUCUAAAAUGUCCUCCUUUUUCAGGAAAUGUGGCUUCCCCUCUACUGAAGUCCCCACUUACAUUUCCUCCGUUUCCUGGAUGUCUGCUCUCACCACACAUCCACCCCAUCCCCCAGACAGAGCAGAGAGAGUUCCCUUGGUCCUCGCCUUUCAUCCCACUAGCCUCUGCAUCCAACACAUCAUCCCUCGCCAUUUCUGCCAGCUGCAAUGGGAUCCAUCUUACUUUGCUCCAUCUGCCCAAUUUUUUUUGUUUCCUUAUUUUUUUUCUACCUAUCACCUAACAACCUGUCUCACCCCUCCCUCUCACCUCUUUAUACUGUCUAUCUUCUCUCUACACUCAGUACUGAUGCAAGAUCUCAACCUGAAACAUGGACCAUCCCGUUCCCUCCACAGAUGCUGUUUGAACUAAUGAGUUCUUCCAGCAGUUUGGGUUUUGCUCCAGAUUCCAGCAUCUGCAGUCUCUUAUGUCUUCAUAUGUACAUGUGACUGAUAAAUAAAUAUCUUAUUUGUAA